AACUGGUCCAUGCUCACUCCUGUUCUACCCGCUCCUGCCCACUUUAAGGCUACCCACUCUGUCAACUUCACUCGGAUUAUUAGGACUGAAAUAUGUAUGCCAACAAGGCCGAAGAAGCCCAAAAUGGACGCCACUGUGACCCAGUGGACACGAUAUAUGAGGAACAGAUUAACACUGAGAUGCAUAAACUUGAUGUCAGUAAUGAGAAAAAGGACAAAUGGAGCGCAGCAUCUAGAAGGGCUUCAAGCUCUGACAAAAGUGGAUCUACCAUCCUAUUCUCGCUAAAAAAUGAAGUUGGGGGACUUAUUAAGGCUCUAAAAUUUUUCCAAGACAAGCACGUAAACCUGGUCCAUAUAGAGUCUCGAAAAUCCAGAAGAAGGAACUCUGAUUUUGAGAUUUUUGUUGACUGUGACAGCGACCACAUUCAAAUGAAAGAGCUAACUCAACUUCUGAAAAAACAUGCAGAAAUUGUCGAUGUUUAUCCAUCUGAAUCUGGUCUGUCUGAAGAUGUGAUGUCUGAAGUGCCCUGGUUUCCAAUAAAGAUCAGCGACUUGGAUCUAUGUGCAAACAGAGUUCUGAUGUAUGGGUCAGACUUGGAUGCAGAUCACCCAGGUUUCAAAGACAACAUAUAUCGUAAAAGAAGGAAAUAUUUUGCAGACUUGGCCAUGAGCUACAAACAUGGGGAGCCUAUUCCACACAUCGACUUCACAGCUGAGGAGGUGGGUACCUGGGGAGUGGUGUUCAGAGAGCUCAAUAAGCUCUACCCCACUCACGCCUGUAAGGAGUAUCUGAAGAACCUGCCCCUGCUGACCAAACACUGCAACUACACCGAGGACAACAUACCCCAGCUGGAGGACGUGUCGAACUUCCUCAAAGAGCGUUCGGGCUUCAUCAUAAGGCCAGUGGCUGGUUACCUUUCACCCAGAGACUUUCUGGCAGGUCUGGCCUUCAGAGUAUUCCACUGUACACAGUAUAUCCGCCACAGCUCAGAGCCACUGUACACCCCAGAACCAGACACUUGCCAUGAGCUACUGGGUCACGUGCCUCUGCUGGCUGAGCCCAGCUUUGCUCAGUUCUCUCAGGAGAUCGGGCUGGCUUCACUAGGAGCCUCUGACGACGCUGUACAGAAACUGGCCACUUGUUACUUUUUCACAGUGGAAUUUGGUCUAUGUAAACAGAACGACAGGCUCAGGGCGUAUGGGGCUGGACUUCUUUCAUCUGGCAGUGAGCUUAAGCAUGCUUUGUCUGGCAAAGCCCAUAUCCUCCCAUUUGACCCUGUGGUGACCUGCAAUCAGGAGUGCAAGAUAACCACAUUCCAAGAUGUCUACUUUGUUUCAGAGAGUUUUGAGGAGGCAAAAGACAAAAUGAGGGAGUUUGCAAAGACCAUCCGGCGUCCAUUCUCAUUGAGGUACAAUCCUUAUACCCAGAGUGUGGAUGUGCUGAAGGACACCAACAGCAUCAACAGCAUGGUGAAGGACAUCCGACAUGAGCUGGACAUAGUGGAGGACGCUUUGAACAGACUGAACAAACAUCUGAGAGCAUGACCUGUCCUGUCUCUAGUAGAGCGGGGGAGGGGAGGAGGUGCCUUGGGCCUCAUGUUAGAGUAAUAUGCUUCAGAUGUACUGGAGAAAAGAGAAAGCGGCGGGUAGCGUAAUGCAUAAAAUAUAUCUAAAAUUGAUUUUACUGAAUUUAUGAACUAAUGUAAUCAGAUAGACGAAAUAUUAAAUAAUGCAGAGAUUAUGGUAUUUCUAAAGAAUAGACACAAAAAUACCAAAAAGCCAAAAAGCAGAUUUACUCACCAUGGGAAAAAUAGCCACGACUUUUACUCAAGUAAGAAUAUUGUAAACAAAAUAAUAUGCAAGAAGAGUAUGGUGUGAGACAACUACUCUAAAAAGUACAAUUUCUCCAAAAAGUCACUCUCAAGUAAAUGUAACUGAGUACUAUCUCCCUCUGGAAGGGUAUUGUCUAAAAUGUAUACAAUGGUCAUUUUGUUGUGCUCUGUAAGAUGGGACUGAGCUUGAGAAUGUCUUUGUGUUAAGUCAAACUCUUAGUCAAACUCUUCACCAAUGUAAUAGAUAUGAAAGACGCCAACAAUCACACAUGUGGAUUGUGGAAUGUCAGUGCUUGCAUAGAGGACAUUUGCGACAUGCUUGAGAUACUGUUUUAUUUCCAAGAACUACUAGUGCUACACAGUACUCAUCUUUUUAAUUCUCUGCUUAGUUGUUCUUUUUUUAAUUGUUAAGUGUCAAUAUGUAACAUCUACCAGGGUUUUAAAGGAUCUGUAGUGACGGAUUUUGGUUUGGAUUGUUUUGAAAUUACUUUGUAAAGUAAGUAAGUAAGUUUAUGUUUGUUUGUUUGUUUUUUAUUGUUGGAACAUGCUUUCUUUGAGAGUUACACAACGAGACUCAACUGUCCGUCUGUUAAUUGGAUAGAGAAAGGCUUAAUGUGGAUGAUGCCAAUCCUGUUGCUUACAUACUGUCUGUGUGACUGGUCUGAGCUCCAAACUGAAGUGACCCACUUUCCCCUAUAUUUAUUAUGAAGGCCUUGCAGUAAUAAAAUUCUGUUGUUACUAAUGU